UUAUUUAACGCAUGUUUUGAAAAGAAGGGCAUAAGCAAAAAUUUCUAAUCGAAUUAUGCCAGUUAUCUGUCGAACGGUCCCGAGAAAAGACCACAACAAACAAGAACCGUCCUUCUUCUCACUGACGACGACAUGAAACUUAACGCCGUUGUUUUCGAUGAACAAAACGUUCCUUCAUCAAUCAACAAUAGUUAUAAUUAUAAUGAAACAGAGAGCUUUUCAUUGAGUAGUAGUAAACAGCAAUCCACGGAAACAUUGAGCCCAGCCUCGCUGGGCACCUCUAUGUCUCCGGGAGUAGGGCCUCUGUGGUGGUCCGAUGCCCCUGGGCAACCCAGGGGCGCUCCGCCGCCGCUGCGGCUCACCUUCCGCACCCCACGACAACCAUGGGAGGGUGUCCUCGUAGGAAGGACACUCUACGUCGCGCUGCCACCGUGCAUGCUGCCUGAGGGAUCGCGUGAAGCAUUCGUAGCCUUGCUAGAAGCAGCCGAGGAACAACUUCAUUGUCAACAUGUCGUCGUCGUCUUCAACGGUGAUAGACAAGAUCGGCCCGUUUUGGUCCGUACAUUCAUGUUUCUCGGUUUUGCCGUUUUGGCACCAACUUCACCGUUGGUUCCUGCGGCUCUAGCUAACGGUAACAACGUUUGCAUGCUCUAUAACAUCGAGUAGUUCACCCCCAGACCAGCCUCGGAGCUUUCUGCACCUUCCAACUUUUUUUGUUAAAAAAAAUAAUAAUAAACUUAGACGAAAAAAAAAAAAAAAUGUAGAUUUUUUAGAUUUUAAGACUCACACUCAAUUUUCACCGAAUUUUUAAUGACGAUAAAUGUUUUGUAUCUAAAAAAAAAUAAUUAUUUUCUUUCUUUUUUAUGUAAAUAAAAAUAAAAUGUCACAUUUCUGCUUGAAAUACAAAUAAAUAAAAUAUACUACUUGCUUAAGAAAAUUAAAGGAAAAUUAAAAUGAUGUUGAGAGAAAAUUUUGUAUGUAAAAGUCAACGGAGAAUGUUAAUUGAGAAUGAUGUCUAUGAAACAUUGUAUAUCGUUAGUACCUAGCUUAAGUUAUGAUUGCUUAUUGUACCUACACGUAAUUUUUAAGAUAGGAAGGUGCGGAAAGUAAAACAAAAUUAACAAUCGGAUUUGUCGUAGCGUCGUGCGGAUAGAUGCCCCUUUAAAAUGAAAAAAAAUGUAAAAAAAAAUUAUAAAAAGUAUUUGCAAAAA